AAGUGCCCCGGCCACCUCCCCCCCGCCCCCCGGGGCGGGGAUGGGGGAACGGAGAUGCUGGUGGCGGCCACGCCCCCUCCGGGCCGGCCACCGCCCUACAGCCAGGUCGCCUCCCUCUGUGGUCCCCGCCCCCCACCCCUGGCCGCACUUGGCGGUCUGCAGUUGGGAGUCGGGGCAGAGACCAGGCUGGCUACCUCCGAGACGCGCCGGCUUCCUUCAGCAGGGAUGUUGCUGGAUCUAUUCACAAAGGUGGGCAUCUUGAAGUUGCUACUGACCACCUUCUUAUUUUCCCAAGGUUCCAUGAAAUAUCACAAGGAUAUUGGGGACGUUUGCCAGAAGCAUGUGGAAUGUUUCAGUGAGUGCUGUGUCAAAGACAGUAGCAUGGUGAAACGCUGUAUCAGGAGGACGCUUUUCUUGCAGUGUAAGGAUUGGAAGAAGCCUUUUGGAUAUUUAUGCCAACACGCCUCUGAGUGCCAGAGCAACUGUUGCAUUGUCGUCAAUUCUAUUCAACAGUCACGUUGUAUCUCAAAGACCAUUUUGAUGCAGUGUAUACCUUGGAAAAAGGCGGAAGGAAGCCUCUGCUCUAGCCACAAAGAGUGUAAAAGCAACUGCUGCCUCAACAAAUAUGAAAAUGUUUUCCGUUGUAUCCCAAAGACAGGAGUGCUCAAAAAAUGCUUUCUUCCGAAUGAGAAAAAAAUUGAAAUUGAAGAGGAAGUAUCAACAAUAGGUACUGCAGAUUAACCAGAGAAGAUGAAAGCUGCCUCCAUGGAACAGCCAGUGACACUGUGCACCAGGCAAAGCUGGUUGCUACUAAGAUAAUGGACUAAAAGCUCGCACUUGUAACUGGUCUUUUCUUCAUUGACCUUGAAGCUGAGUAGUUGAAAGACAACUUCCUUCUUCCUCUUUAUCCUACUCCAUACAUCCAGAUGGACAUUUGAACCUCUUUCUUUUGUGUCUGUUUCACUGCUGCAGUCAUAUUUUUGCUAAGCUUGACUCUUUCAGAUUAAAAAAAAAUCAUUCUCCUUUGUCUUUAUUUAAAUAUGGUUUUAACUUCUGAUUGUAUAAAAGGCAGUUCUGAGGAGAUUUGAUAUUUCCCAGGAUAUAAGCUAGGACCCAAUUGAUGGUCAAAGAAACUACCUAGAGAAAGAAACAUGAGGGGAUAUUUAUUUAGCUUUUAUUCUUAGUAAGAAUUGGAUAAAUUUCAUGCUUCCUGUAUGACUAAAAGAUUCUUAAACUUUCAUAUUCAAUGUUACUGCUAAUGGCCAGUGAAAGGACAUUCUGGAAAUUCUGGUUACAACUUUUCUUUGACUCUCACCCAAGGAGAAGGUCAGGAAGGAAUUAGAGUGUUAUGGGCCAGAACUUGAAAUAAGGCACUAAGUGGAAU